GUCGGGAGUGUGUUAGACAGAAUUUUCCUCCACGAAACACCUUGCAGCUGUUUGGCCUGAGGGCUCCAGUGUAAUGCCAUAUGCAGCUAAACAAUAGAUCAUAACAGGGCUGUGGGUCUGUGUACAGUAGUGGGCAGAUGAAGAGCCAUGUAAGGUAGCAGGCAGCGCAUCGGCCCGCCGGCUUCUGCUGGUGUGACUGAUAUAUGGCAGCCGAGAGCCACACUGGCCUGGACAGGGUGGCAACAGGUGACUCACAUGAUUGUGAAGUAUUCUCCCCUUCAUCCCGCAUCAGAUCCACUCUGUAGGUCACACUAUCCCUAACUCACCCCUCCACCACGCCAAUACCACUAAGUUUGCCACGCUAAACUUAAACAUGCUCAUCUUUGAUCGUAAUCCACAUGGGAGAGAUACGCCCGCCACCGCCACCCCUGCAGACCUGCAGCUGCUGCAAUGCAUACUGGGAUUGACCCUCCACACGUGUUAAAGUUCAAGUUUAAAAGCUUCAUAUGCAAUACAUGUCUUUUAAGCUUUAAUUUUCACACAUAUGUGCAAGUGGUCAUUCUAAUGAAAUAAAUAGGCCUCAUUUAUUUCCAUUAAACCUUCCAUUAUACCCUAAAUAGCCUCUUGAAAACGCUUCAAUCGCCCAGAGAGUAAAAAUAACAAUCACUGAGCUGAAUAACUGCAGCCUAGGUAUGUUUGGCAUCCUGUAUGCAGGUCUAUUGAUGUCAGCUGAGACUGAUGCAACCUGGGAAUAAAUGCGUUAGCGCAGAGCAGUUGUGUGGUUGGGCUGACAUUUUUCCUCGUGCUCUGCUGCGGUUGUUCCACUGAAACAUUGCUGAGCUGUCACAACACUACAAAGUGAGGUGUUACCGGCAAAGAUAUUUUGGAUAUGGAGCUCCUGGCAGGGGCUUUUUGUUUGGAGUUAUUUAAUAUGAGCUGUAAAAUAGAGUUUAUCUACUACGUUAGUAAUUUGAUUCUAUCAGAGAGUCUUUUUAUUUUUCAGGAGAGAACUGGGAACAAAAGACAUGUAUAUAGUCAGACAACCACUCAACCAGCAAUACUGGUACCAGAUCAGAUAUCGGGCUGAUACUGACUCAUAUAGUUGGAUCGGGUAUUGGUGACAAUGGGGCAGAUCUAUUCAAUUCAGUUCUAUAUGUAUGUACUACAUACAUUAAAUACUGGAAUUUGAAUUCCUGUUUAAGUUUUGACCAAUUUGUUGCUGCAUUUAAACAUUUUUUUACACCUGAAUUGUAAUUCCUGUUAAUUUUGAAAACAAUUCGACCAGUUACUGGUGUACCAUUUAUUAUCUUAAUAAUAAACACUAAUAAACAAUUCAGUAAAUUUGUGUUUUUAUUUGUCACAUUUUGUUUUACAAAGUUGUGAAACAUUGUUUAAGUCAAGCCUGAUGUUGCCUUACACAUAAAAGAAAGAUUCCAGUCACUUCCAUACAAUGAGGUAUACAGCUUAUUAAUUAAUUAAUUAAACACUGGUAUCAUAUCGGUACUCGGUACCGGCUGAUACCCAAAGCCUAUGUAUCACUAUCGAGACUGAAAAAGUUGCAUUGGGUCAUCUCUAAGCAUACAAGAAACAAAUAGUCAGAUAACCAAAAAUUCAGUGAGAAAUAGAAGAAAAAAAAACAAUUACAAGAGUUAUAAAAAAAAAAUCAUAAAAAUGGUGCAUAAUACCUGAAACUAGAAGAUUAGAGCGUACACAUGGAAUAUCUAAGAUUAAGUAGUUAUCAGAUCUUGUACAAGAUUUUAACAAGAGAAUAGAAAUAAGAUUGUUUGGAAGCUUUAACAGUAGAGAGUUAUAGAUGAAUAUCAUGAGAUGAUUAAUCAUUUUAGUCCAUCCAACUGUGUGAUAAAGAGAGCAAUAAUGAUUGUGGAAUGUAUAAUUACUGAUAAAGCAUGUUUCUCUGGAGAUGAAACCACUCAAAAAACAUUUAGGUUCAGGUUUAAGCAAUGAGGUGCAUCAAAUUAAAUAUACCAGUAAUGUAUAUUUUUCUCAGCAGAUACUAUUGAGUUGGCAAAGCAUGAUUAUAUGCCUUUGUCUCUUUAAUAUAGUGAAAUAAACACUGAUGUAUUUCUUGAAAAUUCAGCAGAGAUACAGUAAAACCUUAAUGGGUGGAUUUACUUUUAUUUUGAAAAGCUAAAAAAACAACUACCAGAACAUUAGCAGUGGUUAACAAAAACACACCUCAACACACAAUGUAUCAGGUAAUACAUUACUGAAGACUAUAUAUUUAUUGUUAUUGUAAUCCACUCACAGCAGAGAUAAUACAGCCAUAAAGUCCAAAUAUACAACAUUUCUUUCUGAUAUGGAAUAAACAGUAGGGCCGUGUUGUUAUAAAGAUGUCCUACACCAGAAUCUCCUGAGGCCAGCCAGCCAAAUUUGGCUCCCCAAAUUUUUUUAGUAUUUAACUUCGGGCCCCUCCAGUGUAAGUCUGUCCCUCUAGAAUAUGUCAAAUACUGUAUAGACAUUUUUCUAGGAAAUAAAUGAGUAUUCUCACUGUGUUUAAUUUCUAGUGAAAACGAUUAAUUAGUUUGUCAGGCAUGUGGUUUUAAGCCCACGUGUUGAGAUCAUUUGGGAGAUUGCUGAAAAAUUUACUCCAUCUCCAUCAAAUCCUCUCGGACGCAUAUAAUAACACUAUUGUACUUAAUGUACAAUACCGUGUAAAUACUUUUUCCUCCGCUGAUGUUAGUCCAAACAUUCCCCAUUAAAGGGAAGCAGGACAAAAAAAAUGUAUACCCCGCCAUAUAAUUGCCUGUGUGUUUAUGAGGACGGCGCAGAGCGGGCAGCGUAUCCUGGUCCUCUAUGAGGAUCCAGAGUCUGUCAAACACGGCUUUAGUGCUGAAAGAUGCAGAUCGCUGAAGGAAUGUUUAAAACAACCCUGCCCCCUGUUGUUCCAGGCCUGUGGAUACACUGCAGGCUGAGGGGAACCCGUUUUUUAACUCAUUGACUCAACUAGAAAAGAGAAAUUUAAGCAUCAGCAGCUUUUUAUUUGGUCUGAAAAUCUAUUUUUUUUUCUAUUCUGAGAGUUAAAAACUAAAGACUACUGUACUCUUAUGUUAUGACUCAAUUAAGGAUUAUACCCAAUGUGAGAGACAUAAAUCUGAAAUCAUUGCUCCAUGUGCCACUGUGCAGCAAUAACAAAACAUAGCUUAAUGAUCCUGUAAAACUUCCAUCCAGGGGUUUCUCCAAUCCAGCCUGAGGUGCUGCCGCAGUCCCGGCUGAUUCUUGAACCAGAGUCACUGCCCUCUAAGGCAACACUGAGGCUGGUCCAACACACCAGAGGAUUUCUUGUUGUGUUGCAGGGUGGAGAAAACACACAAAAUGUAUUCCUGUUGCUCUGCAGCAAGUCACAGCAGCAGCCGUCAUUUCGCAGUGAUGCAGUUUAAUAGCUGCUGUUUCUCUCGUCUCUGAGCUGCCUGGCUGCUACCCAGACUAGCUUAGUGUCAGUAUGCACAUCCGAUUGGAAAUUUAGAUACACCCACAUUUAGUUAGUCCAGUUUAAGUUUGAGUUGACGCUGAAGUGGUGAAAUGACUGUAGUUCUGACGUGUUCUCAUCCCAACUCGUCAUAUACUGACGCUUUGUCAGAUCCCUUGGCACCAAUUUUCGGUUGUAGUAAACACGUGCUUAAUGUUGUGAAUUAAACAAAGACGCUUGCAUAGGUUCAGACAAUAAAACCACUAGCUAGAUAGAUAGAUAGAUGUACUUUAUUGAUCCCAAAUUGGGAAAUUCUUGUACCUAUAGUUUAGGGGAAAGCCCUGUGUUUGUUGGACCCAUCCACCUCACCUCCCCACUCGUCUUUUUGCUCUUAAAACUACGUCACCACACUCACAGCACAUUUUCCUGAGCAUUUAAUAUUGUCGUGGAUGGGUUUACAUUGUAGUUUAUGGGACACUCGGUGCACCUCAUACCGAUGCUAAAGGGGGCCUUUGUGCGUUUGUAUCUAGCCGUGACAAAGCGUCAGUAUUUGACGCCCUGGAAAUGAGAACAGAAUGGUAGUUCUUGGCUAUAGAGGUCAUCUACUUUCUUGCUUAAUAUCUCUCCAACACUUGGACUUUGUUUCUGUGGAACUCUUUUAACUCACCAACACUCACGCACAAACGCACGGAGAGAUAGGUAUAACGUCAGAGAGAAAUAACUCAGAGGUGCAUAAUACCCCAUUUGCGCAGCUCACCGUUUUGAAUACCAAGUUAUAACCAGAUUGUCCAUUACUCUGCCACAGAGAUUAUAAACAAAUAUGACAGCCAUGAUGGUCUACAGGCAAACCAGACUGCUCAGCAAAGGGCACAACAUAUCCCAGUAAAUCCAUGGUUAUUGCCAGAGGGCCACCAGGAGCACAGUUAUGAUAGAACAGCCAAAGGUGCUUUUUUACAGCAGAGAAGUUCACUGGAAAGAGCUUGUCUGUAACCUCUCUGCCACCUCUGCCUCCCUCCCCUUUUAAUACCUUGUCCCUUUUGUCCUUCGGAAAUCAUAUUGUUUGAGAUUGCUUCCUCUGAGAACAGGAAGAGGCAGUCGAGGGAAGGAGACAGAGACUUUUCCACUUUGUCUACUUUCCUUAGAAAAGGAAAGCUUCCAUUCCCACCGCUGUGUGUGAAUAUUAGUGUGUGUACUUUAUGUAUUUUUGUAUGUAUGUUCCCAGAGGUACUAGUACUUUACUUGAGAAUUUCUACUUUAUAUCUCUUUGUACUUCUACUACAUUUGAGAGAGAAAUGUUUUACUUUCUCUCAACUAAAUGUGAACUGAAGUUGCUAGUUUGGUUGUAGAUUCAUAUUUUACAUGCAAAGCAUCAGCUUCAAAAAAUAUCUGUUGGAUUGCCUUGAAAUUAUGUGUACAAUAGACGUUCAAGGUGCCCGGAGGAUAAAUCCUACUGACUUUGGUGUUUCCCUGAAUGUUCGUCUAGCUCCACCAUGAGGUUGGCAAGUGGUUUUGAGGGAAAUGUCUCACUAUUGGAUGGACGGGAAUUUUGGUACAGACAUUCCUUUAUGGAUGAAUUGUAAUAGUUUUUGUGAUAUUUUGGUUUAUGACCAAAUGCCAGCAAAACUACUGAAAUUCCCUUGAGCCUCGACUGUACUGUUCCGUGAUAAUUAGCAAUUAGCACGCUCACACACUAAACCAAGAUGGUAAACAUAGUAUAGGCUAAACAUUAUGGUAACACUUCAUUUUACAGGUCGGCAAAUUUUAUUGUAAUUAGGUGAUAAUUAGCAAGUAACCUAUUUGAAAUUUCUUUUGAAUUACUGCCAAAUUACCCCAAUAUUUACCUCAAAAUGUAUCAAAAAUUACUUUAUUAUAAACAUUAUUUAAUAAUUAUAUUCCGCUAUUUCCCACUACGCUAGACUUUCAUACUAGAUUCAAUGUUAUAGGUAGGCUACAAUUAUCAGAACAAUAUGAACAUUCAGGCCCCCUCAUUUGGCUCAAAGGUGUACUGGCGACCCUAAUAAAAUCUCCUGCGACCCGCAGUCUUUGGUAAUCCCUGCUGCAAGCAUGUCACAAUACUGAUUCAAAAUAAUGAGAAACCAUCACAAAGGUUAACUGUGAAUGAGUCCCGGUGGAUAUGUAUUGUUACCAGGGUCUGCACAGGUGAGGGAAGCCUGUUGUCAGUGUUAGCUGAUAAGACCAUGGCUGUUCUGUAAUGUGUACCUCCUGCUAUUGUGCAGGCUGGACUCUCACUCCCUUCCUCCUCCAGCUUUUCUGCCUGUUUGUGAUUUACUUCCAGUAAAGAUCAUCAGCUUUAUCCGAGGAGGGCUUUGAGCCAGUUCCCCCGAGUGGGACGAGGACCCGCUUCACUAACCCCACCAUCCAACUGGUCUCCAGCUGUGACCAGUUUGUCUGACAUUGGCGGAAAUGCUGGAAAACAAGUGUCAGACCACAAACUGUCCUAUGUUAUGCAUUGGCCUAUCUGCCUUCUUCUGAGUGGAUAGAGGUUGAACAUUUCCUCUCCCACAUGUUCUGAUGGGGGUGUUUUGUUUCCCGCCUCUCCAUGCUUCAUAGAUAAAGAGCUCAACGCUCUGAUUUUCCAUCUUAUUGCCAUAUAUAUCCUUCAUAGAGCCAGUGCGGGAGGGGGAGAGACUGAGGGUCAUUUAGAACAUCUCUCUCUCACACAUAACUAGUGUCAGUGUCAGCCAGCCAAGUCAAAGCCCUGCACAGUGGACUAUACGAUGGGACUACCUUAUUAUGGAAGCAAAUGCUCAUGGAUAACACUUGGAGGGAGAUGGGAGGUGUGACUUCACUUCUUCACUUCUAGUGCACCCCUCCUCUUCUCGCACUUUCUCUCCAGUCUUUGUGUCUCAGGUGCGUGUUUCGGCCCUGUGAGCAGAGAUGGGGGACUGGAGUCUCCUGGGGAAUUUCCUAGAGGAGGUCCAGGAAAACUCCACCUCGGUCGGGAAGGUCUGGCUCACCGUCCUCUUCAUCUUCCGCAUCCUGGUGCUGGGCACGGCGGCCGAGUCGUCCUGGGGCGACGAGCAGAGCGACUUCCUGUGCGACACCCAGCAACCCGGUUGCACCAAUGUGUGCUAUGACAGCGCCUUCCCCAUCGCCCACAUCCGCUACUGGGUGCUGCAGAUCGUUUUCGUCUCCACGCCGUCCCUCAUCUACAUGGGCCACGCCAUGCACAUUGUGCGCAGGGAGGAGAAAAUGAAGAGGAGGGAGCACGACGAGAGGGAGGAGAGAGGGGAAGGCGGAGGAGACCUGGAGGGAGAGAAGGAGUACCUCCAGCAGAAGGAGAGCGGAAGAGUGGUGGGGUCUGAGGGAGUUGGCCGUGUUCGCCUGAAAGGAGCGCUGCUGCAGACUUACAUCCUGAGCAUCAUGAUCCGCACGGUGAUGGAGGUGACAUUUGUGGUGGUGCAGUAUAUGAUCUACGGGGUGUUCCUCAGGGCGUUGUACCUAUGCAAGUCCUGGCCCUGCCCCAACCCCGUCAACUGCUACAUGUCCCGGCCCACAGAAAAGAACGUCUUCAUCAUCUUCAUGCUGGUGGUGGCCGGCGUGUCUCUGCUGCUCUCCGUGUUGGAGCUCUACCACCUCGGCUGGAAGAGCGCCAGGAGGUGUUUACGCAAAAGGGGGAUGCAGAAGAGCAAGGACAGAGCCGUGACAGUGGCUGCAUCUGCGGCCUUGGAGCCCAACAGCCCACCUCGGCCCUCUGCCUCCUGCACCCCGCCCCCUGACUUCAGCCAGUGCCUGGCAGCCCAGGGCUCCAUGAACGCCAUGACCUCUAUGGCCUCUCAUCCCUUCAACAACAGGAUGGCACUGCAGCAGAACUCGGUCAACUUGGCCACAGAGCGGCAUCACAGCUGCGACAACCUGGAGGACGAGGAAGACUUCCUGAGGAUGAGAUAUGAACAAGUGCCCACGGAGCUGCCCAACAGCUGCGCCCCGUCACCUCUGCUGCACACCGGCUACAUGAAGGACAAACGCCGCUUGAGCAAGACCAGUGGGACCAGCAGCCGGGCUCGCCAGGAUGACCUGGCAGUGUAGACUCACAACCACAAACUGACAAGAGGGAGAGGAGCGGGGAUUGGACCGUCAAAACCAAAGAGAAGGGACAGAAAGAUCAGUUUAGGAAGACACGAAGAGGAGUCUGAGUGUUAUUACCGAAUGAAGGGGUCAGACCGGGAGGCUAGACUGUCAGGCAUUGAAGCCUGACACUUGACUCUAGAGGAUGGACUAAAUGUUCACUUUAGAAAGAGACACUGAGAUCUGUGAGUGGACCAUGUGUACUUGACGUGUGUGAGCUCAGUGAGAUAUAGUCUCUGUGAAUCAAUCUUUCCCAGAGCUCGAAUAACUGACAACCAAACUGCAAAAGAAAAAAAAUUCUGAACAGGGUAACAGGUGUGAUACCUGACUAUUGCACAUUUUAUGUUAUAGUUAAACAGAUAAAGCCAAAAACUAAGAGAGAUUAAAAAAAAAGACUAUUAAGUGAGAAUGACGUGGUGGUUGGUGUGAGAUGACUUAGGGAAAUAUAUAUACAGUAUAUCCUUUAUUUAACCAGGUAAAAGUCUUGAGAUUAAAAUCUCUUUUUCCAAGAGUGACCUGGUCAAGAGGGAAGCAAAAACAGUGUUACAACAAUAAACACAAGCAAUACAAGCAGACAAAUACAACUGUCACACACAAACGAGUGAGCACAAUAUCCAGUUAUUAUGCAAUACAAAAAAACUGUCAAAAAAUGUCACAAAUCUCAACUAUUCAAUUAAUCUAUCGCUGCAAAAAUUAGAGAUGCAUUACGAGAAAACAGGGACUUAAUAUGCAAUAAACUGUGAAGCUUGCCGGUAUAUAAAUUUGGAUGUUUUUAUGCAGCGCAUUUGCAGUGAAUCAAGGUAAAGUGCCUUAACAAGUGUGGAAAUAUCUUGUCUUUCCGUAAAAAAUAUGUUUUCUAUAUAUAUAUAUAUAUAUAUGUUUUUCCAAAAGCCAUGGCACAGACUGUAAAUUUAGAUUAAGCCAUCUGUUGACUUGCUAAUCGGAUUGCACUACACCUGCAGGUCAGCAAACAUUGCUAUUUUACAAUCUAAAAAAUAGUGUGAGUAAAACUGUAUUCAUUAGUUAUAUAUUUGAGAAGAGCCUUUGUGUGCAGAAUGAGAGAAUGUCGCCUGUUUUAGGAUUUAGGAACAGAAGAAGAGGUCCUGCUUGGACGCUGUAAUGAGGAGAUCCGGCCACUGGGUGGCAGCAUUGCACUUAAGUCUUUCAGUUUUUGUUCUGAAGCCACCUUGUAAAUUUGUCCCUAUGCAAUGCAAGUUUCAGUUGAUGUCUUUGAAUGUAUUUUAUUUCAUUUCCAGUGUCUUGUUCUUAUUAUAUGCAGAAUUAUUGUACAGGUUGUUCAUGACAGCAGCUUUUUUAAAUGAACAUCCACUGCAACUGAGGGGUUUAAUCCUAUAUCUCCUACAGCAAACAUUCAUUUAAAACACAGAAAUCUUGUUUUUUGGUUCUUUCACACAGACCUUUAUGCAAUAAAUGUCAUCACUAACCCAUCACAAAUUAAUAAAUCAACUGUGGAAUCUG